AUGCCGGGUGUACCACUUCGACUACGAGUACCACAGAAACCACUACCACAACAUCGACCACAACAACGUCCAGCACUAGUUCUACAUCAACCACAACUAGCAGCUCUACUUCAAGCACCACCAGCAGCUCUACUUCAACCACCACUAGCACCUCUACUUCAACCACCACUAGCAGCUCUACUUCAACCACUACCAGUACCUCUACUUCAACCACCACCACCAGCACUUCUUCAACCACCACCAGCAGCUCUACAUCAACUACUACCAGCAGCACUUCUUCAACCACCACCAGCACCUCUACAUCAACUACUACCAGCAGCUCUACUUCAACCACCACCAGCACCUCUACUUCAACCACCACUAGCACCUCUACUUCAACCACCACUAGCAGCUCUACUUCAACCACCACUAGCAGCUCUACUUCAACCACUACCAGCAGCUCUACUUCAACCACCAGCACCUCGUCGGAAACAACUACAACGUCAUCAACUAGCACUAGUUCAACAACCAGCACUACAUCCGAGACAACGACUACAACAUCCACAACAAGCACAACAUCGGAGACAACCACAACAACUACUAGUACAACAACCGAGACAACAACAACAACAUCCACCUCUACUAGUACUUCCAGUUCCAGUACUACAUCGGAAACAACUACAACCACAUCAACCAGUACCACCUCAACAAGUAGUACAACUUCAGAAACAACAACAACAACAUCCACCUCUACUAGUACUUCCAGUUCCAGUACUACAUCGGAAACAAGUACAACUACAUCAACCAGUACCAGCUCAACAAGUAGUACAACUUCAGAAACAACAACAACAACAUCCAGUACAACAUCAGAGACAACAACAACGACAUCAUCUAGCACUAGUACAUCUACGAGCACAACAUCUGAGACAACAACAACGACAUCCAGCAGUACUACUUCAACAAGCACUAGUACUACAUCGGUGA